UCUGUGCACGCUGAGCCAGCGCUAUAUUUCAAAUGAAUCGUCCUCUCAUUCCGCUAUUAAGUUUCUAUACGUGAUAUAACAGUCUUCGCCAUGAGCUGCUUGGAUGUCAUGUAUCAAGUUUAUGGUCCACCUCAGCCUUAUUUUACCGCAGCAUACACACCAUAUCACCAUCAGAAACUGGCAUUUUAUUCGAAAAUGCAAGAAUCCCCAGAAACAGUGAGCGGAAGCAGCUCUUCUUUUUCUAAUAUCUCCGGGCCACCUAUAAAAGAGGAGGAUUGCGCCCGGGAGAAAGAUCACCCGCCGGAGGCUGAGUACAUCAGCUCCAGAUGUGUGCUAUUCACGUAUUUCCAAGGGGACAUCAGUUCGGUAGUGGAUGAACAUUUUAGUCGGGCUUUGAGUCAGUCCAGUAGUUACGCACCUGGAUCCACCAACAGCAAAACCGCAAGAGGUACAUCGUCCUGGAGAGACGGAUCAUUCCCUAUGAGCCAGAGAAGCUUCCCUCCUUCUUUCUGGAACAGUGCAUAUCAGCCGUCGGUCACAGCAUCUCUCAGCAGCACCCUGGGUUCCUCCCACACAGAUCUUCCCUUCCCAGCAGACCCGUACUCCACCGCAUCUCUACACAGUCACCUUCACCAAGCCACCCCAGAGCCCUGGCACCCCUCUCACCACCAUCACCCUUACUCACUCAGUGGAGCCAUCGGCACCCAGGGGUCCGCUUACCCCCGGCCCUCCAUGCACGACAUGUAUGGAACGCACUUUGACCCUUACAGCUCUCUGCUCGUGCCCUCGGUGCGGCCGCAUAGACUCCCCCCAGCCACUGUUCCCGCACCUGGAGCCUCGCCGUGCGAGAUCAGCAAGAGUGAGCCAGGCAGCUCGGCGUGGACCGGAGCUUUCACAGCGGCGAGCUCUGAUAUGAGUCUGAACAUGGAUCCAGGUCUACAGAGCCAGGAUAAGAGCAAGGACUUGUACUGGUUUUAGUGCACUGCGGCCGCUUCUUUCUCCGCUGGCUUGUCUUUCUCUGGCUUUUUCUGUAACAGAUUCUCGUCUCACUUGCAGCUCGGCGCUACACCCUCUGCAGCGGGACCAUCCUAAGCUGAACCCUUCGGAUGAAUGCAAAACUCUAUCUCUCUCUCUCAAUAGAGAAAAGACUGUAAAGAGGAGCAAGCAUGCUGCUCUCACCCCUUCCCUCCCCCGACCCUCAGCGAAACUGACCCAAAA